CUUGUGACUCAUAGUCGUGUUAAAUAGAAGAAAAAAUCGCUAGUUUUGCGAAUAUAUAAUAAACUCUCUGCCGGCCCGGUGGUGAUGGUUUUAUAUAUAAUUUCUGUUCUGUAAAUAUUUAACUUAACCCAAGGCUAAAUAGUUGUUCAAUCAACAGUCAAAUCUUCUAAAAUUAUAUCGGCAAAAGUGUGCCGUGAAGAGAAUCGCGAAACGUAAAAGAAAUCGAUUUACUAAGAAUAGAUUUUUCAGUGCAAGCGCUAUCAUCUGUGGCUUCAUUGAUACAUUGUGUCUUUGCCAAAUUUUUGUGUACGGUCAACUUAUUACAAUUUAAGUGCGUGGCAUUCAACGAUCCAUUAUUCAGUGAAUUAUCGACCGGAUAAGAAAGAAAAUAAAAAAAAAAACGUUUACUAACUUACCUAAUCAUAUUAUUUAUGUGGUCAUGUGUGCCUCAAACACACUGAAAACUAUUGUGCAUGGUUGUUAAUUGAAACGUUUCAUCGGUUUCGUUUAUUGGCACUAUAUAGUGUGGAUUCUCGGUUUGUGUUAUGUGAAAAACACCAAACCAUCGAGAAAAUUAUUCCAUAUAAACCGUGACUGAUAACGUUCCUCGCAAACGAAGGGAAAAAAGUGCAAACCAAACAAUAUGCAUACUUAGCACCAACGCAUACAAUUGCAUGCAUCAGAAACAACAUUCCAUAUGGUCCAGUAUGUAAUUAAAUAAUUAGCAACAAAUGAAAAUGAUAAAACUACGACGGAUAUCGAAAUAUCAUGUCGGUGGUGUAAUUGCUAUAGCCGCUUUGUAUUUCAUUGUGGUUAUGCUAGGUGAACCGAAAGAGUACACGGACAACAAAUUGAAAUUAGCUUCCAUUCGCAAAUGGUCUCGCAAAAGGUUUCUGAAUAGCUCAAACUCACCCAAAUUACAAGCUUCUCCUACGAACGUUGGGAAAUCGAAUUACACAGAAAUUCGAGAAAUAGUUGAAAAUUUGAUUCAUUCAAACGACAAUCAGCAGUCAUGCCGAAUACCACACACGGACAUUUAUGCACCCGAAAUGAUGAAAUUCAUCAAAGAUGAUGAUCCACUCAUUGACUGUGGAACAGAAGAAGAUUGGGUGUCAUGCACAAAAUCUAUUUGCUUUAUUCGGAGCAAUGUAAUUGCUAAACUAGGAACAAUUGUCUGUGAUUUUGCUGAUAUAUUCAGAAUUGACGACUAUACUAUUAGAUAUGGUGAACCGGUGCGCUCCAGUACCAUGUACAUUUUACGGAGAUCUGAUUUUGCUAAAGCCAAAUGUUGGACCGAAAAUUCAGAAUACUCGUGGUCCGGCAUUAUUUAUGGAAUCCGUCGCGUAUUGAAACGGGAUCAAAUCUACCACCACGAUCCCACGAACAUCAAUGUGCUCAUGUACGGAUUCGACUCGCUGAGCAAAAAUGCCUUUAUACGGAAAUUACCGAAAACCUACGACUACCUGACACAGCAUCUGAAAGGUGAUGUACUUCAAGGAUACAAUAUCGUUGGUGAUGGAACGCCGCAAGCUCUGAUACCCAUUUUGACUGGUUUUACCGAAUUGGAAUUGCCCGAGACACGGAAACGCAUGAAAGGUUCGAAAUCGGUGAACGUUUAUCCAAUGAUUUGGUCGGAAUACGAGCGUAGCGGGUAUGUUACAUCGUUUAACGAAGAUGUUCCACACAUUGGAACGUUUUCUUAUCGAUUGAACGGAUUCGAUCAGCAACCAACAGAUCAUUACAUGCGAACGUUCUACUUGGCCAUCGAUCCUGAACUGGCAAACUACAAAAAAUUGUGUGUCGGUAGUCAGCCCCGACAUAACGUGAUGUUAGACUAUACCAAAGAGUUCAUGCAAUCGUACACCGUCAAACCUCGUUUCGUAUUUAGUUUCCAUGGCGAAUUGUCUCACGAUUCGAUCAAUUUAAUUGGUGUGGCUGAUAACGAUAUUAAGAAUUGGCUGACCGAUCUACAGUCCAGUGGCGUAUUGAAUUCCACCAUUUUAAUUUUAAUGUCCGAUCAUGGUAAUAGAUUCGCUGCCGUUAGGAAUACGCUCCAAGGAAAGUUGGAGGAACGUCUGCCAUUCUUUAGCUUCGUGUUUCCGGAAUGGUUCAAGACAAAGCACAGUCGGCAGUAUCAGAAUUUUCGCGAUAAUUUGAAUACGCUUAGCACACCGUUUGAUGUACAUGCCACAUUAGAGGAUAUUUUAAGACUGCAGUCGACUUCAUUCGACAAAAUCAAGAAACCCAUGCCAAAGACUCGCUCUAUAUCACUAUUCGACAAAAUACCAAAGAACCGUUCCUGUGCUGACGCCUAUAUAGAACCACAUUGGUGUGUCUGCAUGAAUUGGCACCAAAUAAACGACACCCAAAACGAAUUUGUACUCCGGGCAGCCAGAUCAGUCAUCGAUGCCAUCAACCAUUUCACAGAAAAGGACCAAGACAAAUGUGCCCGAUUAUAUCUGCACGAGAUCAAAUGGGCCGCCAAACUGGCACCGCACGACAAUUUGAUGCGCUUCAAGCAGAAUAAGGAUGUCGACGGAUUUCUGGCCGAUCUGACGUCGAAAACGAAAGUUUCGUCGGAGAUGUACCAAGUGAAAAUUGUGGUGAAGCCGGGAAAGUCGAUAUUCGAAGCGAGUGUGUUACACGAUCUGAACGAAAAUGUUUUUCGUGUGAAAAUGUCGGAUAUAUCGCGAGUGAAUAAGUACGGUUCGCAGGCCGAGUGUAUUUUGGAUACGGAUCCUGAGUUGAGGAAAUAUUGUUAUUGUAAGGAGCGACACAUCGACUAGUGAUUUAAUAGAUGUGACCAUUUUGUUUAAAAACUUUUUGGAUAUGAAGGCCUUUUUUAGUUUU